AUGUUCCAAGCAGACUGCGCACUGAUCCAGGAGGAUAUGCAUACCCUCUCCGGCGGCAUAAAGUCAAUCAAAGAUGAAGCAGCGACAGCCCACCAGACUCACCUCGGUGCUGCCCUACUCGCCCAGCAGCUCACACAGCAACCGACGGUAACAGGCCUAGAAGAUACACAGCGCCGACGCUACCUGAAGAUCAGGGGGGUGAGCAGCGACAUAGGCAUUGAAGAAGUGCCUCAGUAUGUCCGACGCCUACUCUCCUCACUACUACCAACCAAGCAGGUGAAAUCGAUGCCCAUUGAGGGGAUAUACCGAGUGGGCCGUACCCGCAGACUCAUGACAACUCCUCUACGGGACGUGAUUGUGACCUUCCGAUCCCUUGCUGACAAACGGGCCAUGAUAUCUGCCGUCUGA